AUGAACAGAUACCGAUUUAUUCGAGUGGCAUUUGUUUCAAGAUUGAGUUUAGGCCGACAGCCAAGAAAGGUAGAACCGAUUCAUGAGGAAUCACGCAAAGUAUAUACUAAUUUGUUACCACAUCAAAAUUCACCAAUAGCUUCUGCAUCUCCCAUCGAUCUUGCUGAAGAUCCAUGGAUAACAAAAGAUCAAGAUCAAAAAAAUCAGUUACUCACUGUCUCUACUUUAUCUUCAAAUAAAAAUAUUCAAAUAAACUCACCAACUAUAGAAAAAAAGAAAAGCUGUCGCAAAGGGUUUAUUAUUCCUCUUGGAAUCAUGCUUACCUUACUUGCUUUAAUAGUUAUAGGAGUUUGCAUAUAUUUUUUCAUUAUUAUUGGAGCAAAAACAACGAAUACUACAACAGAAACAAAUACUACAGCUAUUACUACAACAACAACAUCGACAGGAACAACAACGACAUUUACCGCCUGUACACCAAGACUAUAUUCAGCAAGUUUUGUUUCUGGUGUUGUUACGUCAAGUCAAUGUACAAAUUGGACAUCUUUUCAAACUAGUUUGUCAUGUUUAAACUAUACAUCAUUCACUUUAAGUGGUAGUUAUGAUACAAUUGGCAUUACUGCAACGAACAAAACUACUGUUAAUGCUAUUGCCACGGCAUUACGAACUUCUAUUGCAUAUACUGGUAUUUCAAAUGGAAUUACAUGGAGUGUUGGCACCUGUGGUUCUGGGAUAGAAUUAUCCGAAACAAAUACGAUUUGUCAGUGUAGUACAACAUACACUCUAAGACCUUGUAUUGGUAACGGUAACUGGGGUGGUGUUAACAGAACAGGAUGCGGUUCACCAUCACAAGUUAUGACAGUUUCUUUUCAAUAA